GGAGCACUUAAGAGAGAAUGAAGCUACCAUAUUGUAUUAUGGGAGAGGCUUAAAGACCAGCUGGGCUUGUGCGAGAUUUUUUUUCUUGAGACGUGGGUGGCAGGAGCUGUGAGCAGAGAACGCCGGGGACAGUUUAUAAUAAAAGGCGUAUCCCACAAAUUUAAAGGCGCCACUGGUGGGUUCACGGCGGGCUGCGAAGGGGCACUGUGACUGCGGUGAAUCGGGUACGGAGCUCUUGGGAAACCUGCACGCUUGUCCUUGCGGAGUUGUAUGAUCAACCUUUUCUCGCGCGCUCAGGGCGUGGAUGGAUACAAACAUUCAGGUUUAUGCCUUGGGUAGGCUUUUCUGAGUGAGCGAAAUUCCUAGGCCUUUGGUUCUAAGGAUUUCAAGAAGUCGCCAAAACAGCAACAAAAACCCCAGAUUCAGAAACGAACUCCCUAAUAGUUACCUGCCGAGGAUCCUGGCGUAAUCAACCUAAACCCUAAAAUUCUGGUAGCUUCUCUGCUGAUUUUGAAACGGCUCUCACGAUUGGCCAACAGCUUUUCACGUUAGAGAAACAGAGGACACCAUUGGUUAGAGUUAGCCGGCCGCCUGCCACCGGUCUCUGGAAUGUUAGGCCAGUGGUUGCCAUAGCGACUGGGCGGCAACCCCUUGACUAGGUGAGAACCAGCUCUUGUUGAGCGACCUGUCCUUGAGGUCGUGAGGAGGACUCUGCGCACUCCAUGGGACACCCACUGAGACCUCCGGACUCCGGGCAAUGCUCUACCAAAGGAGCCACAUUCCCAGCUUUCUCAAACUGCGAUUUCAUUAAAGGUGUGUAGAAGAAUGCAAGCCUGAGGUUCCCCUCAAACAGACGGAACAUGCCCCAGGGCUUCACUAAAGCGGACAACGGUGCCCUGAAAUAUGAAGACUCUGGCCAACGUAACAAGCACAACUACAAACUACAGAAAGGUUUUACCGCUGCGUACCCAACUCAAUCUUCCAUUCCUUAUAGAUACAGAACAGCAGUAAUCCUAGAAUCAGAAAGAAAGGGAUUUAACAGCCAAGCCAAGAGAUUCUACAACAAAAAGGACGACAUCCCGGGCCCUGGGUUCUACAACGUCAUCCACCAGUCUCCAGUGUUCAACAGUGUCUCUCUUUCCAAUAGAGGAACCUGCAUGUUCCCCUCCACGUCUGCCCGGCUGGACGACAACAUUUCUAAAUAUCCUGCUGCCAAUGCAUACACCAUCCGCUCAGAGUUGUCUUCCAAGAAGGACUUCAGCAACUCGUGUUCCAGCAUGUUCCAGCUGCCAAGCUUCAUGAAAGUGGUCAAAUCGGGAACCCCUGCCCCAAACCAUUACUAUGCCUCCUUCCCAGGCUGCAAAAAACGAAGCAAUGUCUCUCCUCGAGUUGGGUUUCUGUCAAAAACAGAAAGAGGAGUCUUCCCUUUGACCAGAUCUGGAGGGCCAGCUCCAGGGCAGUACAAUGUUAAUGAAUCGCUGGUGAAGCGCUCACCGAAGAUCUUAAUGUCCUGCUUCAAAUCCAAAACUGGCCGUGGAUUAAAACUGACAUCAACAGGCCCAGGACCUGGUUACUACAACCCCAACGAUCAAACCAAGAUUCAGAAAAAGCCUCAUAUCCCGAAAGGUGCGCUCCUGAACUUUUCUGCCCACCCUCUGCCUCUGCCCCCAAAGCCACCUCUGCCCGGGCCUGGUCAGUAUGAGAUCGUGGACUACGAGGGACCCCCUAAGCAUUUCAUCUCCAGUGCAUCGUUUGUGUCCAAUACCAGCCGGUGGCCAGUGCUGUCAUCCAGACCAAGCCUACCUGGCCCAGCCACAUACAAGCCAGAGAUCCCAGGGAAGCAAUCCUUCCUCUACAAUGAGGACAACAAAUGGAUCCCAGCGAUAUAGCGAUGCCACAGCAGCUCAGGGAGAGGCUCAUGCAGCCGGGCCCCGGAUCCUGCUCCCCAGGACACCCAUCAGCAGAACACACCUUUCCUCCAUCACCCAGCCCAGGGUCACAUACUGUCUGGAGCUGCCUUCUGGAGACUGGCCACCCCAGCCCCUCCCAUGCUUUCCUGAGCAGAAAGGAAGUGAGGCAGAGCUCUAUGACUACCUCCACGUCAGCCUCCAAGCUGGUUUGGGGGACUCCCCUCCCCAGAGUUAAGGGAUCUUGAAGCACGGACGCUGAUAUGGAGCCUUGGCCUGCUGCCAAGACAGCCUGUGGUGAAGUCCUUGCUUAGAAACCAAUCAACCAGGGCUCUGAGGCCUGGUCCGUGAGCCCUGACCUCCAGCUGUCUUUGACUUCAGGGAGGCAGGAGGCUCAGAGGGGCCUGCGAUUGGAGCACAAGGAUGUUCCCUGGGAACCCCUGCCCUCUGCUGUGUCUUGUUAUUGCACAACAAGAACAUGGAAUCCAGUCAUGAGUCAUCACUCAUGAACUCGCAGAUUCUUUACUUCAUCAGCAGAUGAGACAGGAUCGAGCUGGAGCUAGAGGCCUGGAACCAUGGUCCCCAGGGAAGGGAGGACCUCUGCGUCCCUUGUCUUCAACCUUGCCUCUGCCUGGCCUGGUCUCUGUCGCCUUCACGACUUCCCACUUCUGAGAAAGUUUUCUGAGAAAGCAUCAAUUUCUGAGUUGGACGGUGUCUCUCACAGAUCAUGGCUUGCCUGCAAUGGCUAGAGGGAGAGCUGACCAAGAACCAAGAUGAAAUGAAACUGGUCAUACAUCUUCUCCUUUCCCUGGGUGUCGCUAAUGUCUGCCACUUUUCUAGAUGGGGUCCUCUUGGGUUCCCUUCCCUCCUCCAGCCCCGAUCCCCUUCCAUGAUGCCUGGACUUGUCGCUUCCCAAGGCCCCUUCCUUGAAGUUCUCUGGAAACUGUACAUCCUGGGCCUCCCAUAUGGACUGGCUUCUUGAUUGGGUUUUCUCCUGAGGGAGGGGCGGGGCGUGAGGAUGAGGGAGGGAAGGGAUGAAGAAACAUUUUCAAUUAAAUGAAAUUCUUGCUUCUCACA